AGCAGUUGAUGAGUUUUGGGAGAAGUUGAAAGAAGCAACAUAUAUGGGUUCAUCAGAAAGGCAAGUGUUAGAGAAGGGUGGAAAAGAUCAGAGAUCUUCGAAUAACUCUCUAGCCAUAAUUUUCAGAUACAGUGAUUGGAUUGAUGUGGUGCUCAUGGUAGUGGGUGCUUUGGGUGCAAUAGGAGAUGGCAUGUCCACCAACGUAUUGCUCAUAUUUGUUAGCCGUAUUAUGAACAGCCUGGGUUAUGGGAAUAAACACCAAAAUAGUGGGAACUUCAUGGCUGAGGUCGAAAAGUGCAGUUUAUAUUUUGUCUACUUGGGAUUAGCAGCCAUGGUGGUGGCCUUCAUGGAAGGGUAUUGCUGGAGCAAAACAGGCGAGAGGCAGGUGCUAAGAAUUCGCUACAAGUAUUUGGAGGCUGUGCUGAGACAAGAAGUGGGGUUAUUUGAUUCCCAAGAAGCAACCACCUCAGAAAUCAUCAAUAGCAUAUCAAAGGACACUUCUCUCAUCCAAGAGGUUCUGAGUGAAAAGGUACCCCUAUUCUUUAUGCACUCAUCAUCAUUCAUCUCAGGAGUUGCAUUUUCUGCAUACUUCUGUUGGAGGGUGACCUUAGCAGCAUUCCCAACACUGCUCUUGCUGAUUAUUCCAGGAAUGCUUUAUGGCAAGUUUCUUAUCUAUUUGUCAAAGAAGUCUUAUAAGGAGUAUGGCAAAGCAAACAGCAUAGUAGAACAGGCUCUAAGCUCUAUUAAAACAAUAUAUUCCUUCACUGCGGAGAAGAGAAUCAUCCAGAAGUACUCAGCUAUACUGGAUAAAACUUCAGAGCUAGGAAUCAAGCAUGGCCUAGCCAAGGGUCUUGCUGUAGGAAGUAUGGGUCUCUCUUUUGCAAUCUGGGCCUUUCUCUCUUGGCAUGGAAGCCGUUUGGUUAUGUACAGUGGUGAAAGCGGAGGAAGGGUCUAUGCAGCUAGCAUCACCUUCAUUAUGGCUGGGCUAUCCCUUGGGGUGGUGCUUCCUGACCUCAAGUACUUCACAGAAGCAUCUGUUGCUGCUUCACGCAUAUUUGACGUGAUUGAUCGGAUACCAUCCAUUGAUGCUGAAGACACAAGAGGACUUGCAUUAGAACGCAUGAGUGGGAAGCUAGAAUUUGAGCAUGUCAAAUUCACAUACCCUUCUCGUCCAGAAACAGUUGUGCUGAGAGAUUUCAAUCUGAGAGUUGAAGCAGGGAAAACUGUUGCUUUGGUUGGUGCGAGUGGAAGCGGCAAAUCCACAGCAAUUGCAUUAUUGCAGAGGUUUUAUGAUGCCAAUGAAGGUGUGGUGAGAAUUGAUGGUGAAGACAUAAGAAGCUUACAGUUGAAAUGGAUAAGAGGGAAAAUGGGGCUCGUCAGUCAAGAGCACGCACUGUUUGGAACAUCUAUCAAAGAAAAUAUCAUGUUUGGGAAGCCAGAUGCCACCAUGGAUGAAGUAAUUGCUGCAACCACUGCCGCCAAUGCUCAUGACUUCAUAAGGCAGCUUCCUGAAGGUUAUGAGACAAAGAUUGGAGAGAAGGGGGCACUUCUAUCGGGUGGACAAAAGCAGAGAGUAGCCAUUGCUAGAGCCAUCAUAAAGAAUCCAGUAAUUCUUCUACUUGAUGAAGCAACCAGUGCUCUUGACUCUGAAUCUGAAUCACUGGUUCAGACUGCCCUUGAUCAGGCUUCCAUGGGAAGGACCACAUUGGUUGUUGCCCACAAGCUGUCAACUAUCCGAACUGCAGACCUCAUAGCAGUCGUCAAUGGUGGUUGUGUCAAUGAAACAGGCACCCAUAAUGAACUCAUAAACCGACCAAAUGGCCUCUAUGCAAAACUAGCAAAACUACAGAGACAACUAAGCUGUGAUGUCCAAGAACAAAAUCCAGAAAUGGGUAUUUCUUCUGUCACAAGAAGCAGUGCUGGGAGACCAAGCACCGCCAGGUCAAGCCCUGUCAUCUUCCUGAAGUCACCCAUGCCUGAUGACGCCCCUUCAAAUCCUGUGUCUUACCCUCCACCAUCGUUUUAUCGUCUUCUUUCUUUGAAUGCAUCUGAAUGGAAACAGGGACUAAUUGGAACCCUCUCGGCUAUAGCAUCUGGCUCAGUUCAACCUAUAUAUGCCUUCACCGUUGGGGGUGUGAUCUCUGCAUUUUACAUUGAAAGCCAUGAGGAAAUGCGUCAAAAGAUCAGGACAUACUGUUUCAUUUUCUCGAUCCUCGCCCUUGCUUCUAUCGUCGUCAAUCUCAUUCAGCACUACAAUUUUGCUCAUAUGGGAGAGAAGUUAACGAAGAGGGUCAGAUUGCGCAUGCUAGAGAAGAUCUUAACCUUCGAAACAGCAUGGUUUGAGGAAGAACAAAACUCCAGUGGAGCCUUAUGCUCAAGGUUGAGCAAUGAGGCUUCCAUGGUGAAGUCACUCGUCGCAGACCGAGUUUCUCUGCUGGUACAAACCACUUCUGCGGUCACAAUCGCCAUGAUCAUAGGGCUUGUGGUGGCAUGGAAGCUCGCUCUUGUUAUGAUAGCAGUUCAACCACUCACAAUUAUCUGCUUCUACACACGAAAGGUGUUGCUCUCCGCACUCUCAACCAAAUUCAUCAAGGCUCAAAACCAGAGCACUCAAAUUGCAGUGGAAGCAGUUUAUAAUCACAGAAUCGUAACUUCAUUUGAAAGCACCAGACUAGUGCUGAAGCUAUUCGACAAGGCUCAGGAGGCACCGAGGAAGGAAGCGAGAAAGAAAUCCUGGCUAGCCGGGAUAGGAAUGGGCUCAGCUCAGUGUCUAACUUUCAUGUCCUGGGCUUUGGAUUUCUGGUUCGGAGGCACGUUGGUCAAAAAUAGUGAAAUAUCAGCAGGCGCUGUGUUCAAGACAUUCUUUGUUUUGGUCAGCACCGGCAAAGUCAUCGCCGACGCCGGAAGCAUGACUUCUGACCUCGCCAAAACCUCCACAGCAGUCGCCUCUGUCUUCGAAAUCCUCGACCGCAAAUCACUAAUCCCCAAGGCUGGGGAUGGAGCUAGUGGGUGUAAGUUAGAAAAGAUGGGUGGGAAUAUAAUGAUGAAAAAUGUUGAUUUCGCAUAUCCAACCAGAAGGGAGGCUCCAAUUUUGAGACAGUUUUGCUUGGAGGUUAAAGCAGGAACGAGUAUCGGACUAGUUGGGAAGAGUGGAUGUGGAAAAUCAACAGUGAUAGCUCUGAUUCAAAGGUUUUACGAAGCUGAAAGAGGGUAUAUCAAAGUAGAUGGUGUGGACAUAAGGGAAUUAGACGUUCAUUGGUACAGACAACACACAGCACUAGUAAGCCAAGAGCCUGUGAUAUACUCAGGCACAGUACGUGAUAACAUCUUGUUUGGGAAGCAAAACGCAACAGAGAAUGAAGUGGUGGAGGCUGCCAUGGCGGCAAAUGCCCACGAGUUUAUCUCAUCACUGAAGGAUGGAUAUGAAACGGAAUGCGGGGAGAGGGGAGUACAAUUUUCAGGAGGACAGAAGCAGAGAAUAGCGAUUGCAAGAGCAAUAAUUAGGAGCCCAACAAUACUACUGCUAGAUGAAGCAACAAGUGCUUUAGACGUGCAAUCAGAACAGAUAGUGCAAGAAGCGCUUGAUAGGAUUAUGGUUGGGAGGACUACCAUUGUGGUGGCUCAUAGGCUCAACACCAUUAAGAACCUCGACUCAAUUGCUUAUCUUGCAGACGGGAAGGUUAUAGAGCGAGGAACCUAUGCGCGCCUAAGGCACAUGAAAGGUGCCUUCUUCAAUCUUUCUACCCAUCAAACUUAGAGAAGUUACUAGCAGUAGCAGAGAAAUCUGAUUCAAUUUAUAUGGCCAAAUGGAAAGAUUUUAUUAUGUACAUAUGUGGUUCGAGACGGAGUUAUGAGCUGGAGGCAACUCUUUUUAUUACAAAACACAACAUGUAGGGGAAUCCCAUUCUUGUUCACUCUGGCCGUUGAGUAGUCUAAGGUGGCUCGAUUUGGCGCAGCAACUGCACGUGAAUUUAUCGAAGUUAUUACAUUGAACUUUUGAAGUUGUAUCACUGGUUAUAUGCAAAGAAGGAUAUAGAGAGACCUGAAAGUAAGGUUCAACAUUGGCCUUGAGAUUCUGCUGCUCUUGCUUCACCUGCUUAUAAGCAGUUAUUGUCCUGCAUAGGCUCAUGCCUAUUCAUAUCAGUACACUGUAGCCAUUUCAGUUUCAACAGGGAAAUAAAAUUAAGUGAAGUGGGGUCGUCAUUGAUCCUUACCCUUCCACGUCGUCGUCUUCCCAACUUUCCCUCAUCUUGUCCACCUCAUUCAGCAUCUUGAGAGCUUCGAAACUACAAAAGUUAACACUUCGAAUUGUCAAACCUAUAGAACAGGUUACGUAACUCAUUUUUAUCUAACUGUAAAUGUUCUUUGAUUGAACCGUGUUGCUGAGGAAAAGAAUUAAGAUACCGACAACACUGUAAAUCUUCUGUUUUUUUUUUUUUUUUUUUUUACUUCCUUUGAGUCGGUGAAGCAACCUGUCUAUGCUAUGCUUGUCUUUAUAUUCAUGAAACCUGCAGGCACACAAUCCUUGAAUUACAAUUUGAUGUGAUUAAUAAACAGGACGGUACAACAAUUUGAGAUCAAAGUAAAUAUGGAGCUCACAAACUGUUGUCAAAUUCAUGGAGCUGUCUGUCAUUGUCCUUAAAGAACAAGGCAAAUAUUUCCUGAACAAAGUGAGGACUGUCCAAGUCUUGCAGCUCCUCCAAUUGUUGAAACUGUGGUCGACUCAAAAAUCCCUGCACCAUUUUCCACAUUAUUAUUUCUUCUCUUGGAAUUGUAAUUUGGUAUAUGAUAAUUAAUGCACGCCAUGUAAAUGAAUAUGUGAAUAAUCAAUGUCAAUAUAAAUGUAAUUUAAAAGCUGAUAAAACUUAACAGUGUUACGUACACUAUUUAUUAAUCAUGAAUAAUACUGUUUUAAGUCUUCAGUUUUUUACAACGUAUGUGGGAUCUGAAUCUAGCGGUU